AUGGACUUGACAAAUUGCUCAAGAGUGACAGGAUUCAUCCUUCUGGGAUUCCCCCAUUUUCAGGGCAUGGAUAUCCUUUUCUUUGUGGUGAUCCUCCUGCUCUACCUUCUGUGCCUUACAGGGAAUGGUCUCAUCAUUGUCAUGGUGACUGUGGACCAUCGGCUCCAGAAGCCAAUGUACUUCUUCCUUAGCAACUUCUCUAUUAUUGAGAUUGGACACACUACUGUGUUUAUGCCGAAGAUGCUAUUCAACUUCCUGUCGGCAAAGAACACAAUCUGCUUCAACUGUUGCAUGACACAGUUGUUCUUCUACUUCCUCUUUGGUGUCACAGAGUUUUUCAUUCUUGCUAUCAUCUCCUUUGAUAGAUACUUAGCCAUCUGCCAUCCAUUGAGGUACCCCACCCUCAUGACCUCCCAGGUCUGCUUUAAGCUUGCGCUGGCUGCCUGGCUUGCAGGCUUUUUCUCAAUUAUUUUCCAGGUGUGGAAGGUUGUGGGACUUCCUUUCUGUAGCUCCAACGUUGUAUAUCAUUUUUUCUGUGAUGAAGGAGCUAUGUUAGAGAUCGCAGGGGGAGACACACAAGUCAUUGAAGCCCUUGGCUUUGUGGUGACUGUGGCUGUGAUCCUGAGCUCUCUGCUUUUGACGGUUGUAAUUUACAUCUUCAUCAUCUCCACGAUCCUCCGUAUCACUUCAACCAGUGGACAGCGGAAGGCUUUCUCCACCUGCGCCUCCCAUUUGACUGUGGUCAGCAUCUUGUAUGGGGCAGUACUUUUCAUCUACAUGAGACCUUCUGUCAAGGGCUCUUCUUUUGGUGUGGUCAGAGCUGUGUCUGUAUUGAACAUGAUUGUUGCCCCAGUACUGAAUCCUUUCAUAUACACAAUCAGGAAUAAUGAAGUCAAAGAUGCUUUACGAAAAGCCUUAGGAAGGAAGACUUUUGCCGUUUCUAAGUUCUAA